GUUAGAUACUCAAAAUUCCGAGCUUUGUUUGGUUCCAUGAAGUCGAUGAAAACUUGGUCAACAAGCCCGAGCUUCAGUCCCAGCUUGCCGAGUUUUUAGCUUCUCGUUCUUUGCAUUUACUUUGUUUUUGAAGCCGCUUAUGUGAAAUUUGUACCGGAGAAAGUCACUUCUUCGGUACGGGGACCUAUCAGUCAGUGUUGAAGUAACCUUGGCCGCUGGACGUUGACUACCGGCCUGUGGGAUCUAUGUUUCCGGGCACGUUUCACAUGUGCGCGGCGGAUUAACGAAACAAAAGAGUGGCUGCUUCUCCCGCCUCCUGCUCGGUGUCUUUGCUCUUGGGAGUCCGCUUAUCCCCACCCAGAACGACUAUUUUGUUUGUUGAAGGACUUUGUGACCGAUUUUGACCAUUUGUUUCCCGCUCUUUCACGUUUUUUCCCCACCCCUGCUUCUCUGACCCCAUUCAUCUGCUGAGCGAAGAUGCCGCUUCUCCACAGAAAAGCCUUCGUCCGACAGAAACCGCCGGAGGACCUGCGGCCCGAAGAGGAGGUUUUUCUCUGUAAAAUUACCCACGAGAUCUUCAGGACUUAUGAUGAGUUUUUUGAGCGGACUAUUCUGUGUAACAGCCUGGUGUGGAGCUGUGCUCUGACAGGGCGAGCAGGUCUGACGUACCUGGAGGCAGUUGAGAGUGAGCGUCGGGCCCAGCAAAACCUGCAGAAUUUCCCAUCAGCUUUGGUGGUUCCCCUACUCCAACUGGUUGCAGCCAGCAGCCAUUGCAGGUUAACAGAGCUCUGUGAGGACAUCUACUGCUACGUCAAAGAGCGCUUCUUUGUAGGAGAGACAGUGGACAUUGUAGAACACAAUGGGACCAGACACACGUGUGAGAUCCUCCAGGUGGAUUCCCCUCACUCCAGUGCUAUUGGUCUGCGGCCCACUAAUGGCCCAGGAAGACAGAUAGAAGGAGACGCCAUCAUCAUCAGUGACAGCGAUGAUGACAACAGCAGCAGUGCCAUGAAGAGUCCUACAGCUCAGGUCAACGGCAAGAAGAAGAAGCUUUUAAGUCCCUCUGUGUUUAAAUACAAAGUGAGGAUGAUAAAAGAUGAAGAUGGAACCCCCUUCAUAGUCAAAGCCAUUCAGAUCAGUCGCCGGAAGUCGACUCUGUCCAGGGAGAGACUGAAGCUGUUCCUCAAACAUCACUGUGAGCCGAAGAAUGGGACCAUCAUUGUCAAGUCAUCCACCGUGACGAAGUACCACCUCUCAGAACACACCUUCUCCAACGUGUUCCCUGAUGAACCCCCCAACUUUCCCUUCCGCUCACCCUCAAAAGGUGAGAGGCGGAGCUCAUCUGGACAGGGAAGUUCGGCAGCAGUGGAGAGGCUGAGGCUGCAGCAGCAGAGGGAGGAGAUGGAUCGUGCAAGACUGAAGAAGGAGAAGGAGGACUUGCAGGAGGCCAAGAGGAGGGAGAAGGAAGACAAAGAGAGGAUGAAGGAGGAGCAAAGGAAGAGGUUUGAAGAGGAGAAGCAGAAGAGGAAAGAGGAAAAAGAGCGACAAAAGCUGGAGAAGGAGAAGGAGCGAGAGAAGCUCAAGGAGGAGAAGAAGAAAUAUGCUGAACGUCUGAAGCUGUGGAACAAACCCAGAGAUGACAUGGAGUGUGAAGAUCUGAAGGAUCUUCCAAGUCCAGUUCCUGUCACAACCCGUCUUCCUGCAGAACUCUUUGGAGAUGCACUAAUGGUUCUGGAAUUCCUGAGAGCUUUUGGUGAAGUUUUUGAUUUAAAAGAUGAGUUUCCUGAUGGAGUGUCCCUAGAAGUUCUAGAAGAAGCCUUGGUAGGUUCUGAUCCAGAAGGUCCUCUGUGUGAGCUGCUUUUCUUCUUCCUGUCAGCCAUUUUUCAGGCUCUGGAUGAAGAACAGGAGGAGGUGACCAAGGACCAGGCAGAAGACCUGACUGAGGCCCUGGAUGAUGACUCUGAUGUCACCCGCUCUGCUAUGAGCGCAGUUGCGUCCUUAGCGGCGGCAUGGCCUCAGCUUCAUCAGGGCUGCAGUCUGAAGCGGCUGGACCUGGACAGCUGCACGCUCACGGAGAUCCUUCGCCUCCACAUCUUGGCUUGUGGUGCCAACGCCAAGUUCCGUUUCCAGAAACAAGGCGGCUUUACAUUGAUGGACGAUCCUUGUGUUGAACUGCGACUUACUGAGCCGACGCUGCUCAAGAGGCUGUCGUGCACAGCAGUUUACGACUUGACGUCAGGAGAGAAGUUGAGGAUCCUGCAGACUCUAGUGGGGAAGCUGCUGAUGUUGGCGUCCAGCAGAGAUUUGAUCGAGGACUGCGUGGAAGAGCAGAGAGCUGCGCGUCAGGAAGUGAGAGAGAUCAGAGCGGAGCAACACCGAAGAGAGAGGGAAGAGGCAGCGCACAGGGUUCGACUACGUAAGGAGGAGAAGCUGAGAGAGCAGGAGCAAAGGAUGAAGGAGAAGGAGGAGAAGCUGAAGGCAGGACUUCUUACAAACAAUAACACUACUGUACAACAACAAAACACAGAAGACGACGACGAACAAAACUCCACAUCACCUAAUUACCCAAAGAUGACACCAACCAAAGAAAAAGCCACACUACCUCCAACCUCUGAUACCAAACCCCUGCCCUCUGUUCCAUCCAGCCUGACAUCAGAAGAGCUGGAAAAAGAACAGGAAAGGGUUAGAGAACUGCAGGAGCGUAUCCAGAAGGCUGCAGCUCGCACCUGUCUGUUGCCCCUGGGCAGAGACAGACUGUAUCGCCGUUACUGGCUCCUCCCUUCCACACCUGCUCUGUUUGUAGAGGAAGACUCUUUUGGCCUGACAGAAGACAUGCUGAAGCCCCGCCCACAACCAGCAGAGGACACCAUGUAUAAGAUGGAGGACGAUGAGGUUAUAAAAGGGGAGCCAGCUGAGGGAAGUGCCGGCUCCCACCCUGCCCCUGUCUUCGCCUGUGGUUCGCCACUGAACCGGCCCAACCAGUGGUCUUUCUACGGCUCCAUGGAGGAAGUAGAUCAGCUUAUCGAUGCUCUUAACCCUCGAGGUCAUAGAGAGAGCAGCCUGAAGGAGGCGCUGUUGCAGGAGAGAGAGCGUCUGAUGCAGCUGCUACUCAAAUGUGACAGGAACAAAUACACUCACUCAGAUGACCCAGAAUCAUCCCGGUCCGUCCCAGAAUGCACUUCUUUAGCUGAGACUUUGAUGGAGGUCAGACUGAGAGACCUGCUGCUGGACAUUGAGGAUCGUAUCCACCAGGGAACUCUGGGAACGUUGAAGGUGAUGGACAGACAAGUGUGGCGUUCAGCAAUGGAGGCUGGAAAAUAUGAGCUGCUGUGUUGCGAUGUCACAGAGAACAAUGUGGACGCCAUGGAUGUGGAGCCAAGUCAGCAGAGAGGCAGAGACAGACUCCAAGAGCUUAAGUCAGAUGUGACAUCACGAUCAUGCGGGACCAGCGGCAGUACGACGCCUCAUGUGAUCAACAACUCUGUACAGAGCCUGGCUCAGGCCCUCACUUAUAUUGAGCAAGGCAUAGAAAGGCGCUUCCUAAAGGCUCCACUAGGUGAGGAAGACUCAAAGAAAGACCAGAAGACAAAGAAGAACAAAAAGAAGGAUGAGGAUGAGGCCAGUGAAGACGGCAGUGAAAGUGGCCGAGUGACAAAAACAGUGUUAGAGAUAGUCUUCUUACUUCCGCCACACUCUCUCACAUGUGUGUUUGUCCACUUGUCCACUCUGGAGCGAAGCAUCAUCUGGUCUCGAUCAGUCCUCAACGCUCGCUGUCGUAUAUGCAGGCGUAAAGGCGAUGCAGACAACAUGCUGCUAUGUGACGGCUGUGACAGAGGACACCACACCCACUGUCUAAGGCCCCGUCUGAAGUUUGUUCCAGAGGGAGACUGGUUCUGUCCAGACUGCCGACCAAAACAGAGAUCGAGUCGUGUUCCAUCGCGCCACCGAUCAUCUUUGGAUGAAGAUGAGGAAGAGGAGGAAAAGGUGUCUGAUGAAGGAGGCAACGAAGAGUCGGAGGAGGAAGAAACGGAGUCUGAGGAGGAAGAAGAGGAGAUGGAUGAGGAGUCAGAGGAGGAAGCCCCAAUGAGCUCUAAGAAGGGCCAGGCUCCGCCCUCUAAAGGCAGGAACCAACAGAGCACGCCCAAGAAUAACAACACUGCUACAGCAGGGAGGAACUCUGCAUCAAAGUCUUCAGGGAAAAAGGCCACCCCCCCUCAGUCAAAGUCCAGUGCAGCAGCCGGCAACAAAGUGCCAACCCGCCCUGGGAACCGCAGCAGUGCUCGUCUGAGCCAAGAGGUUCUGGCACCAAGUGUCAGCAAGAAAAAUUCACCUACUGUGAGUGGGAGCCGCAAGAGGCCGGCAGCAGACACUGCUCCACCCCUCAAAAUCUCACGGCCAGUGCUCACCCCCGCCUCCAGCUCACCUUCUUUUUCCUCCAGGCGUUCAUCAGGGAGAAACUAUGGCGUCCACGAACUGUCGGCUUGUGAACAGCUGACUGUGGAGCUAGUCCGACACGAGGACAGCUGGCCUUUCAAGAAGCUAGUCUCCAAAACUCAGGUUCCAGACUACUAUGACAUCAUCAAGCAGCCGAUUGCCCUCAGCACUAUUAGAGAGCGAGUCAACAACUGUGAAUACAAGUCAGCAGGUGAUUUUAUCUCAGAUGUGGAGCUGAUGUUUGCAAACUGCCUGCAAUACAACGCCCGCCACACCAACGAAGCCAAGGCGGGAAACCGUUUGCAGAAGUUCUUCCAAUCUGAGCUCAGUAGGCUUGGCCUAUCAGAGCCAAACAUCAGCCCUGCUUCUAAACGCACUCGACUCAGUAACUAAACCUGCUGCAUUUGAAUUGAACCAGAGCGCACAGUUUGAUGGGCUGAGAGACACGGGAGGAUUGGUGGCAGUGGGUGAUGUUGUCAUCCACUGACCACAGCUGUAGCAGCUCCUUUGUUUUUUUUCCCCUUCACUUUAAGUGAACAAAUUAUUUUCAUUAAUAGAAAGUCAUGAAUUCAUUUUUUCUGUGAGUCUCAGGAGUUUAUUGAUAGAUGUUUAGAAAUGUCGAACAUUUGACCUGUGGAGUUGUAGCCCUUGUGUUUUUCAGUUACCGUUUUGUUUAGAUGUGUGUGAGUGAGAGAAUGAGAGAGAAAGAGGCAGAGUUAGGCUGUCAAUCUACACUGGAGCCACUGCUGCAGCAGCGCCCCCUGCUUGUAUUUAUUUAGUAGCCGUAUUUGCGUUGACUUUAUUUAUGAUUAAUUGGCACUCUGUCACUUGUUUUCUUGUGAUAAUGUAAAAAUAAAAAUGUUUUAUGAUGCUACU